AUGAAUACUGAAUCGUAUUAUGUAAACGUCAUCCAAUCUAUUGAUCUGCUCGAUGGUUCCCGUUCCGCAAGAUUGAGUUUACAGAUUUCAACUCAGCAUUCCCCGAGGUUCGUCGGGUUUCUUCAACACCAACAGUUCAUGCUCAUGACUCUGUGUUCAUCACGCGCCAUUCAUGCUUUCCUCUCCCUCUUCCCAAAAGGGCUCUCGUAUAUCCGUAUGUCCAAGCCAUGCUUAUCCCUUCACUUUGCCCUGCCAACGUCCAUGACCGAGGUUUCCCCAGAACUUCUAGUCCCAGGUAUGCAACCUCACGAAAGACCAUAA